UUACGUCCAAUCACUGCAGCCCACUCGACCGGAAGUUUUGAACGAAUCGUACGCGGGAAAUUACUGAUCGCUUCAGCUGGACAACAGAGGAGUGUUGGAUAUAAAAAAAAAAUGAAGGUGGUAACGUGUGAGAUUGCAUGGCACAACAAGGAGCCAGUCUACAGUCUGGACUUCCAGCACAGUUCAGAUGGACGCAUUCAUCGGCUGGCCACAGCUGGAGUGGACACAACAGUCAGACUGUGGCGGGUAGACACAGGCCCAGACGGGAAGGCAGUGGUGGAGUUUCUGUCUAAUCUGGCUAGACAUACCAAGGCUGUCAACGUAGUGCGCUUUAGCCCUAAUGGAGAGCUGCUUGCCUCAGGAGGAGAUGAUGCAGCAAUUCUGCUGUGGAAGCUCAAUGACUCUAAGGAGCCUGAGCAGGCACCCAUGUUCCAGGAGGAUGAAGAUGCUCAGCUCAACAAGGAGAGCUGGUCUGUGGUCAAGACACUAAGGGGACACAUAGAGGAUGUGUAUGACAUCUGCUGGACACGGGAUGGAAACUUCAUGGUGUCUGGGUCAGUCGACAACACUGCUGUUAUGUGGGACAUCAACAAAGGACAGAAGCUGUGUAUCUUGAAUGACCAUAAGAGCUACGUGCAGGGGGUGACCUGGGAUCCUCUGGGGCAAUAUAUAGCCACUCUCAGCUGUGACAGAGUGAUGCGUGUGUACAGCACUCACACCAAGAAGAAGGCCUUCUGUAUCAGUAAAAUGAGCUCUGGGCCACUUGCAGAGGGAGAGGUCAAGCAGUACAGAAUGUUCCACGAUGACAGUAUGAGGUCGUUUUUUCGACGUCUUUCAUUCACACCAGAUGGGUCUUUCCUGCUCGCCCCAGCUGGAUGUGUGGAGAUUGGAGAAAACAUCAUAAAUACCACCUACAUCUUUUCCAGGAAGGGCCUCAAGAGGCCGAUUGCCCACUUGCCGUGUCCAACUAAAGCUACGCUGGCUGUGCGCUGCUGCCCCGUCUACUUUGAACUGAGGACCAAGAAGGGAGAAGAUGGUUCUGUUCAGACUCUUCCCAAUGUAUUCCAGUUGCCGUACCGCAUGGUGUUUGCUGUGGCAUCUGAGGACUCCAUCUUCUUGUAUGACACGCAGCAGACCCUUCCUUUCGGCCUGGUGUCCAACAUCCACUACCACACACUCAGCGAUCUUACAUGGUCUCGUGAUGGUUCCUUCUUGGCUGUGUCCUCCACAGACGGCUACUGCUCCUUCCUGUCCUUCUCUCCUGGGGAGCUGGGCACUCCGCUGAAGGAGCCCCCCACCCUGGAGGUCUUUGCCCCAAACAGUAGUGUUGAGAAAAAGGGAAAGAAAUCAGCCAGGACCUCAUCUCCUGUGACCCAGCCACAAAGCUCAGCCCCGACUCCCACAUCGCAAACCAGCCUUUGCAAAGAUGCCCCCUCUGUCACCCCUCCAGAGGAGAAGAAGAGCACCCCCAGUGCCAAGUCUAAACCUCAGCCCCGUAGGAUCACCCUCAACACCCUGGAGGGCUGGGGGAAGCCCUCUACCCCUAAAGCCACAGUUCCUUCAGCACCUCAGACCCCAACAUCUGCAAGCACAAGCGCACCCUCGACCCCCCAACCCUGUGUCGCCCCUCUCACUCCUACCAACUCCUCCACAAGCCAGCCACGCAUCACCCCCCUCACUCCCUCCACCCCUAAAGUUCGCAACAGUGCUGUUACUGCUGGGCCCACUACUCCUAAGGGUACCACCACCCCAAAGGGGCCCACCCCAAGGAGAGUAUCUUUGACUCCCGUUGCAUCCCGAUCUCCAGCUGUUAGUUCACUCUUCCGCACUCCUACCUCCACCGAGAAGGCCAAACAUGCGAUGUAGCCAUGUUCACAGAUCUCAGCAAUUGACUUGAACGUCCUUCUCCUCCCACUGAUCCAGUGUGCCAGCCUCCAGAGUCUAAACGGCCAAAGACCAGUGAGCCCCAGGCUUAGUGUUUACUGGGAACAGCGUGGUACUGUGAUAUCAGAAAAGAGUACAUAUGGCAGAGGGUGAAAGUUAAAGAAGCUUCUGUACAAAACCACUGAGGCUCCCCAUGGAUGUAACACCAUAGUGCAAUAGCAUUGUGUUUGGGUUGAUAUUGUCUGUACUUGAUCUAACUAGAUGAAGCUUUAACCUCACAUAAUGUACUCAGUUCCAAAACAGACUGCAUUGCAGUGUCCUUGAAUGAAUUCUUAUUUUAGUCGUGUGUGUGUGUGUGUGUGUUUUGUAUCAUACAGUAAGAAGGUAAUGAGAUAAUUUUAUUAUAUUUGAUUUGUUUGACAUUUAGAUGCUGUUGUAAAAAAGGAAAGUUCUCUCACUUUGUAUCAAGAACAUGUGAUUGUGAAACUAAAACUGUGCCCGAAACCUGAAGAAAAAACCAGCACUUCAAGGUUUAGUGCCUUGUGAGAGCUUUGAAUAUACAACCUAACUCUUAAUUUGCUGCUUAAAUGAAAAGCUCAGAAUUGUCAAACAUUUAAGUCUUUUUCUCAUUGUCUAAUAAAGAACAUUUCAUAUACA